UCCAAUUCAAGCUGUUUCCUCACCGAAUCCCCCCACCUAUGAGCUUUGCUCGCCAUAGCUAGAUCGGAGAAACCUCUCUCUCGCUCUCUCCCUCUCUUGCGGGAUCCAUUUCCAUGUCUUGGAUAGCUGCGAUCCUGCUGUUCGUGAAUCUGGUGCCACCGAGCUCCCACCGAGCGACCGCGUCUUCUUCCUCGCCCGCGGUCGGAUCGCGCUCGAUUCUGCGAUCCGUCGGUGCCAAUGGCCCCGCCGCGGAUUACGCCGUCGAGCUGAACGCCACCAACUUCGAUUCCGCCCUCGGAGGCUCUCCCGCUACUCACGCCGUGGUCGAGUUCUUCGCCCACUGGUGUCCUGCAUGUAGAAAUUACAAGCCUCAAUAUGAGAAGGUGGCUAAACUUUUCAAUGGACCUGAUGCGGUGCAUCCUGGGAUAGUUUUGAUGACAAGAGUAGACUGCGCACUGAAGAUAAACAGCAAACUUUGUGAUAAAUAUUCUGUGAGUCAUUAUCCUAUGCUCUUCUGGGGGCCUCCUUCCAAGUUUGUUGCCGCCGGUUGGGAACCUAAACAAGAGAAAAGCAAGAUUCGUGUAAUUGAUGAUGGACGGACUGCAGAACGCCUGCUAAAUUGGAUCAAUAAGCAAAUAGGCAGCUCAUAUUGUUUGGAUGAUGAGAAAUUUGAAAAUGAGCACCUCUCGUCAAAUAUUUCAGACCCUGAACAGAUUUCACGGGCUGUAUAUGAUGUUGAGGAGGCCACAUCCACUGCCUUCGACAUCAUUUUAGAACACAAGAUCAAGUUGGAAACUCGAGCUUCACUUAUACAAUUUCUGCAACUUCUGGUUGCACAUCACCCUUCGAAGCGGUGUCGUCAGGGUAGUGCAGAAGUUCUUGUCAACUUUGAUGAGUUUUCUCCCUUGGAUAUGCUGACACUUGACAGACAGGAAGUUUCUAGUGGUGAUGACAAGACAGCCUUUCAUAAUUUCCAGAUAUGCGGAAAAGAAGUUCCUCGUGGAUAUUGGAUUUUCUGCCGUGGCAGCAAGAAUGAUACUAGAGGAUUUAGUUGUGGAUUGUGGGUUCUGCUUCAUUCUCUAUCUGUAAGAAUUGAAGAUGGAGAGAGUCAGUUUGCAUUUAGAGCCAUUUGCGAUUUUAUCCACAACUUUUUCAUCUGUGAGGAAUGUCGCCAACAUUUCUAUGCAAUGUGUUCAAGCGUUUCUAUUCCAUUCAAGACGACACGUGAUUUUGCACUUUGGUUGUGGAGUACGCAUAACAAAGUAAAUGAGAGAUUGAUGAAAGAUGAAGCUUCUCUAGGCACUGCUGAUCCCAAGUUUCCAAAGAUCAUUUGGCCUCCAAAGCAGCUUUGCGCAUCUUGUCAUCGGUCUGACAGUGGAAGGAAUGAUGGUUCUAGUAAGAUUGACUGGGACCAGGAUGAGGUUUUUAAAUUUCUGAAACAGUACUAUGGGAAGACGCUCGUGUCUGUUUACCAGAAGAAAGAUAUUAUUCAGAAUGAUGGAACUAAUGGUGCUCUGGAAGAUUCAGCGGCCUCGACGAAUGCGAUUGCUGUGCCUAUCGGAGCUGCAUUAGCAAUUGCCCUGGCUAGCUGUGCCUUUGGAGCCCUUGCGUGCUACUGGCGUUCACGGCAGAAGAAUCGGAAGUAUUACCACCAUUUACACUCUUAUAAAAACAUAUAAUUUUGAUUAGGCCAAGAAGAAGCUGGAAUUAACAUAGUUUUUGAAGGACAGUCGUUACACACAUUGAGGUGCCAAAAAAAAAAGGUGAAAUCAACCUCUGCAAUAGGAAUUCCCUGAACACUCGUACCAGUUGGGCCCUUACAAAGUUACUGCCUUUUGAAGGUCUGAUAUGGAUUGUACAGUUACCUUUUGGACAAAAUUACAUUAGUUUAGAUGAGAUUGGGCAAUUCCGUGGCCUUGUUAAUGUACUUGUCCUAAAAGUACGGUAGAGGGUGACCAGUAGGUGUCACUGUGGAUUUCUCAGUUUCAAUUUUGUCUUGUGUUUGCGCUUUACGGAGUUGUUGUACAUUGAUGAUCGAGCGGGAUUCUUUCUUGUCUAGGGGGAAUUAGUUGCUUCUCUUGGCAAAGGAGCGAACAUUACAAUUUUUG